CUCCUCUUCCGCAUGGACGCACCCAUCGAGCAAGACCUCCCGGAGGUACCCGUCCUGGUCGAGAGCGACGAAGUCGCCUUAGAUCACGAAGGCAAACCGAUCCGCGACUUCCCAUUCCUCCCGCGGUACAUCACAUGCAGCCCCGUCGGCUGGCUCCUCGAGUACUGGAUGCGUAGUGAUAAUCGCCUGGCCUACCGCGAUAUCCGCGCCCGCAUGGCCUGUCCUGUUCGGCUCAAGCCCGCCGAAAACGCGCUGAACAUGCGUCGAGAACGCGAUGGUCGUCGCCCCCUCCACUUGUCCUGCUGGACUAAUCGUCGCGGAACACCAGGCCGUAUUAACAAAAUCGAUAUCGAGCGUGUUGAGCACUGGUCGAUAGAUCAGGCUCGCUUCAACACGACUAUGAAUAUCGUGUAUGCGGACGGUGGGAGUGGUGCGCCUUUGUGCCUUGCUGAUCGGGCGCUGGCUUCGCACAGCCCCACGAACUAUCCGUUGGACUUUUUCCUCACGCAGGGCAGAGGGGAAAUCCCGAGUGAGCGCGUCUGGGCCUCUCAGAAUAUUUUCUUUAGGCUUUCUGAGCGCGCGAAUGAGUUGGGGCUUGGGUCUUGGAAAGAGUUGCCGGAGGAAUGGCCUGAUACAUUCAGGCAUAAUGUUAAUCGGUGAGGU